UUGUGUAGAUGGUCCGGACGGAGGGCGGAGCUGCGGGUCUCGCGCCCCCGGUACACACGAUCGCUGCUGGGGCGGAAAAGCGUCAUUUGAGCGCAGAAAAAAGACAGAGAUAAAGAUCGGCACGCACGAGCUUCGGAUCCCGUUAUCGGCUCGAGGAGGAGGGCGUCGAGAGUGAUUUUCCUCCGCAUCGGGAUGGAUUUAAACACGGCCAGCAGCCGAGCGGAUCGCGUCUCACCGCCGGACCGUCAGUGAAGCAUCAUCCGCCCUCACCGAGCGAACCGCGAGUCCGCAGAUCCGGUUUGAUGCGAACAAAAGCCUCCGUCCGUUCACAUUCACCUCCACCGUGACCGAAGCAGCGCCUCCUCCAUCCGCAAUGAACAUCUAGAAUAUCAUCAGGCGAUGGGAUGAAAAUGAGACGUCACAGAGUGUUCUUGAUCUGUACGGUGGGGCUGUGUGUCAUCUCUUUCCUGCACUACUAUAAAGCCCUACACUAUGUGUCCCUGCUGAGGGAGCUGUCCGCACCCUACCCCAACAUCAAAUCCUUCAUCAUGGUCACAGGAUUCUUCUGGAAGGAGGGCACCGCUCCUCUGUCCAGCGUGUCUCCGGAGGAAGGUCCUCCUCUGGUCCAGCGGCUGUCGGAGAGUAAGAGCCGGGCGGGCGGAGGAGGAGAGUCGGGACGAGAACCCGAAGCUCCACAGCCGUGGAGGAGACCUGAAGAUCCACAGCACAGGAGCUCCGUCACCACAGAGGUUCACAAGGGAAAUUUGGUUGCCUGGCAACCCAGCAGACCGACCAACCAUAAGCCUGAUCCACACAGCGGUCCCAUCCGAGCCGCAGCGAAGAAACCCCAGUCGCAACAAACAUCGACUCCAGACCCGCUGCGCUCUCUGGGCAACCAGCACCGGCGCGUCCACCCCCUCAAGGACGAUCGCACCCCGUAUUUUGUUCGCACCAAAGCGGGCGCUCUGUGCUUCCGUAAGGGCAUGGAAAUGGCGCCCCCUAAAGACGAGGCGUCGAGAGCGAGACCUACUGUGGCCAGAGUGGGUCAGCGGGGAAUUCUGCAGAUGCCCGACGACACCAAGACUCAAGCCAAAUCCGUGGAGGAGUCGGGUCCCGCUCGAGGUAAACCGAAGCACGGCAAGCGUCUGGUGAAGUGCGUCUGUCAGGCGGGGUGGCACGGCCCUUACUGUGGAGUUCCCACCAUGGUAUAUCACUCGAAUCUGCCCACUAAAGAGAGACUGACGCCGCGCAAGACCCCCCGGCGCGUGAUAAACGCCAUCAACGUCAACCACGAGUUCGACCUGCUGCACGUGCGCUUCCGCGAGCUCAGCCGGGCCGUGGACCUCUUCCUCGUGUGCGAGUCCAACUUCACAGCGUACGGUGAGAGACGGCCGCUGAGGUUCCUGCAUCUGCUGCUCAAUGGGACCUAUGAUUACGUGCGUCACAAGAUCCUCUAUGUCUUCCUGGACCACUUCCCCGACGGCGGCCGCCAGGACGGAUGGAUCGCAGAUGACUACCUGCGCACGUUCCUGACCCGUGACGGAAUGUCACGAGUGGCCGGCUUGCGGUCGGACGACGUCUUUCUCAUCAACGACGCGGAUGAAAUUCCGGCACAGGAAGGAGUUCUUUUCCUCAAGCUGUUCGACGGCUGGACGGAGCCGUUCGCCAUUCACAUGCGGAAAUCGCUGUACGGGUUCUUCUGGAAGCAGCUGGGAUCUUUGGAGGUGGUGUCUGGCUGUACCGUCGGAAUGCUGAGGGACGUCUACGACAACGAUGGCAUUCGGCUCCGCCGGCGGGAGUACUACACCAUGUCGGGAUUCCGAAAGUAUGAGAAUGACACGGGCCACAUCUUGGUGCAGUGGUCCAUCGGAAGUCCCUUCCAUUUCGCGGGCUGGCACUGCUCCUGGUGUUUCACGCCGGAGGGCAUUCACUUCAAACUCAUUUCGGCUCAGAACGGAGAUUUCCCUCGCUGGGGAGAUUAUGAGGACAAACGGGACCUCAACUACAUCCGGGAGCUGAUCCGGACGGGGGGCUGGUUCGACGGCUCUGUACAGGAGUACCCACCCUCGGACCCUAAGGAACACAUGUACGCCCCCAAAUACAUGUUGGAUCAUUUCGAUCAGUACUGGUACUUGUUGGAGAACCCUUACGCCAGACCGCUCAAGCUGGGAGGGCCGUAGAAACGGCACUCGGGGAGGAUGAGCAGAUUCUUUCUUUCUUUCCUCUCUCCAUCCCCACACGUCAGUAUCGUUCACACAGAACUCUAAUCUUUAUGGUCUAGUAGAUGUUUACACGAAUCAUUUCCAGCAUUCUUUCAGAGACUCUGAUAAGACACUUCAUGUGUGUCCAGUGUAAAAUGUCCAGCUCUGUGCGUGUGUGUGUGCGCGUGAUCUAAUCUUGCUUGCACUUCAGAAUCAAGAGAAAAACAUUGUUGGGGUUGUGCUUGUAUAUUCCUCAAGAUUCAAACGUCCUCUUCCCGAGCCAGAAACAAAUCUUUGUGUAUCAUUCAGAAUCAAUCUGUGGAUGAGAGAGAGAGAGAGAAACGGAGCUCUGCUUGGCUUCUGUUUGAGCUUUAAACCGAGAAAACUGUUUAUACUGCAAACACGCACAAAACACAACUGUUCAUUCCAAUCAUCUCAAACUCUUUAAAUUUCUCUUAAACAAUUUUAGGAGAAACACCUGAGCCUAAAUUGAAUUUAAACACCACUGAGAGAUACAUUUCUGAGCAAUAGGAUUUUAUUCUGGAUGAGAGAAUGAUGAACUGUACGAGUUGGUGUUUGGUGUUGUACAGAUCAGAUCAGAUCUCAGAAGAGCGUCAGAUCAUUCUUUAGGGAGAAUUAGCACAUUUACAUGUAUAUUCAUAUUACAACAUAAACGUUGUGUGGCCCAAACUUAACUUCCAGUAGACCACCUCAAAGAACCAAAAACUGUUGAGCAGUUAAUUUAAUACAAUGAAUAUACAAUAAAGUAUUAAUAUAAUUUUUUUUAACACAUACUAGAAGUUAACGUCUGGCCAGCGCGUGCGUCCGAGGAAACCGUGUAUGUGAUGAUGUUUCAGUUGCUCAGUGUCUGACAUCAUAUAUGAGAAUAUUUCAUGCAUGGGUCUCACAGUCUGAGAAACCGAGAUGUAUCUGAUCUGAUCUGAUCUGCCUCCUCAACAGUUGAAUGUGAGAGUGUAAAACUGCUCUGAGGUCAGUUAGUUUGCAGUAUAAACUCUAUUUAGUGUGUGGAUUUUCUGUAUGUAAAUCCACAUGGCCCACAGCAUUUUCACCUUCUAUUUCCAGUAAAUCAACCACAACAUCACUUUUAGAUUUACAAAAUGUUAAUAUGUGAGGUGAUGUUGUAAUGUUCCAUAUUAUUGUGGAAUAAUGUCUAAUAUUUGACUUCAUAUACUUAAGAGAACAGCUCACAGUCUCUCUCUCUCUCUCUCUCGUCCUGGACUGAUUGUCAUUUUUGUUUUGUGCUGUUGUAAAUGUUGUUGCUGUUUACAUUAUUUAUCUAAUUUAUUACUCUCCUGUUUUGUGUAGAAAAGGAAAGAUUGAUCUGUUGAUGAAGCUGUCCUCUCACUUUAAAUUUUUAUCUUUUAUGACCACAAACACAUUACAGCUCUUUUUUGUUCGGAUAUCAGAGAUUCACUCAAAUAUCUGCACCAUAUUCUCUUACGAUCUUAUUACAGUAAAACUGCAGGAGAGCGAAAUCUUGGCGAGGGUUAAUCUUGAUUUGGUUUUAUUCAGAUCACUUCUCAUCAUACAGCUAGAUCAGCGCGAGGCUCUUAAAGAUCCGCGCAUGCGCACGGACGCGCAGUCGGGGGCGUGUGUCGUCAGAUUUGCGUAAACUCUCUUGUGAACCUUCUGAUUCAGCUUUUGUUUUGAGAAUCACGCAUCUCUAAUAUAAUCGUCAAUGAGUUUUAUAAUGACGUAACACAUCGACACAAAGAUGUCAAAUAUGCACAAGAUGCUCAAAUAAAUGAGCAUCAUGUGAAGAGAUGUUGUCACAUCUGCACUGCUUCUCUUUUAUUGAAAGGUCAUGUCUUUGUCUUGAUAUGUUUGGGUUAAAAUGUUCAGAUCAAUGUCAUGAAAUGCUGGACUGAUAUAAACAUCAACGCUGGUGUCAAUAUAUCUGAAGCCAAUAGAGGGCGCUAUGAGUGCACUGGUCCUCGCUCGUCACAAUGUUCACUUACUCUUGUUUCAUGUAUAGAUGCCAUCAUUUCUGCGAUGAACGUGAGAAAAGAGUGAAAGUAUUCGAGGAGGUUUUUCUCCACUGCUGAGGAGAGCAGAACACGCAAUGACUUUAUACAAUCCUUUUGUUUUGUGUAUAUGAAUGGAUACAUGUUAAUCUUGAAAGCAUUAAAAUAACAAAUUCUAUGACAAAGAACUAUAAUAAAUUAAUUUUUAAAAAGUCCUAUAA